GGGGGCCUCCCAAAUGAUAAGCAAUAAAUAUUCAUGCAAAAUGUGUAUAAAUACACACACAAAUCGGCCACACCUCUUCGAACACUCAUCAUCACUUUGGUCGGCCGCUUUCUUCCUUCCUUCCUCCUCAUAUAAUCUACACACAUAUAACAUCCCUCUUAAUUUCUCAGUGGAUCCAUUAUAUUGAGACAUAUAUCAUAAGAAAAUGGUACCAUACCAAGAACUCUCUCUUCAGAGAAGCUUCAGCUACAACUCGAGAAAGAUCAAUCCAGUGACUUCUCCGGCGCGUAGCUCACACGUCCGUUCUCCUUCUUCCUCCGCUUUAAUCCCAACCAUACCUGAGCAUGAACUCUUCCUCGUUCCUUGCCGGAGAUGCUCCUACGUCCCUCUUUCCUCCUCAUCGUCGUCCUCUAACAAUAUCGGGAAACUCCACUUGAAGUUUUCUUUGCUCUUGCGUUCUUUCAUCAACAUCAUUAAUAUCCCCGCUUGCAAAAUGCUCUCUCUUCCCUCUCCGCCAUCUUCUUCUUCCGGCGUCUCUAACCAACUGAUCUCACUCGUCACCGGUGGAUCCUCUUCUCUCGGGAGAAGAGUCACCGGGACCCUGUACGGACACAAAAGAGGCCACGUCACGUUUUCGGUCCAGUACAACCAGAGAUCCGACCCGGUCUUGCUCCUCGACCUGGCCAUGUCAACGGCAACUCUCGUCAAAGAGAUGUCCUCGGGGCUCGUCAGGAUCGCGUUGGAGUGCGAGAAGCGUCAUCGAUCAGGAACGAAGCUUUUCCAAGAGCCCAAAUGGACGAUGUACUGCAACGGGAGGAAGUGCGGCUACGCUGUGUCCCGUGGGGGCGCGUGUACUGACUCGGAUUGGCGCGUGUUGAACACGGUCUCUAGGGUUACUGUUGGAGCCGGAGUUAUUCCGACGCCGAAGACUAUUGAUGACGUGUCCGGUGUUGGUAGUGGAACGGAGCUUGGGGAGCUGUUGUAUAUGAGAGGAAGAUUUGAACGAGUCGUUGGGAGCCGUGACUCGGAGGCGUUUUACAUGAUGAACCCGGACAAAAACGGAGGUCCAGAACUCAGUAUUUUUCUUCUUAGAAUAUAAUAAAUUAAAGAAGACAAUUUGACUUUGUUAAAAUUUGAAAAUGUCUUAAAUGAAGUAUUAUUAUAUAUAUGUGAUAUGAAUGCAAUGUUGUGUCAUGAAAUAUAUGUAAGCGAUAUUGAUAUGAAAGAAAGAGAGGGUGGUGCUAUAUAGAGUAUGAUAAUGUUUUGUUUUUUUCUAGUUGUUUAUUGGAUGUGUGGUGUUUUUGUUACUUUGUUAUUGUUCAAUAAGAAGAAAAGAAGGAUUUGACUAUUA